UGGGACGGACUAUUUGACAAGGGGUGAUGGCGUGCGAGCCCUCUGAAUGAUACGUAGUUCCGGUGGUGGGCGGGGACUGUGGAAUUGCCUACGCUGGCAGCUCAGAGAGGCUCGGUCGGUAUUACUACACUCACACCUAGCGCUAGCAGCGGCAGCGGUCAAUCUCCUGUAGUUGUCUUGUUCCUGUGAUCCCUCCGCGCACACUGCAGCCAUGGUGGCCAAGCAGAGAAUCCGGAUGGCUAAUGAGAAGCACAGCAAGAACAUCACGCAGAGAGGCAACGUGGCCAAGACCACGAGGAGUGCGGUAGAUGAGAAGUCAUCGGUAGGACCCUGGUUACUGGCGCUGUUCAUCUUCGUUGUCUGCGGCUCUGCUAUUUUCCAGAUUAUUCAGAGUAUCAGGAUGGGCAUGUGAAAACUGUCUCCAGAUGUUACUUUUCUCCUGUGAAGUUGAAGUAUAACAUGAACUCUGAUUUUUUUUAUUUUUUGAUUGGGACAAAGGAAAUAACAAAAGAAUAUUAUGGAUUUCACAUUACUGCCUGUUCCAGAAUGACGACUUAAACAAUUAUCAUCCAAGUCAUUCCAAUUAUUCCACCAAAGUCAUUCCUCGUUUUCUAAUCCAUACCACAGUGCCUUCUAAGAGCACCAUAUGCAUAAAAGCAAUAAAAGCAGAUCUGCCAUUGUGGAGCUACUUAUUCAGUGAAACAUCCAAUUUAUGUGGAACUAAUUUGUAUGCAAUGUAGAUACAUGUAGUCUUAAUAGGUCUUGUGUUGAAAGCUAUUUGUGUUAAAUAUUCUACCUUUUUAAUGUAUAAAAUUGGUUAAUUUUUAUAAUUUAAAAAUCAAAAGCUGGAAGACUGAUUAUUAAGUAAUUUGAAUAUUCUCUAUUUGCUGCAAGGACAUGUGUGUCAUGUUAUUUGUCUCAUUUUCAGCUGCUAGUGUUGGGAAUGUUGCAGGUAUUUCUCUUAUUUCUUUGUGUAGCGCAAAAAGGCUGUUGCUUUGUGCAUAGUAUUAACCGAGUCCUGUAAAAAGACAUGUAAUUCUCUUACAGAAAUGUACCUUUUCAUGGGCCAUUCCACUGUUGGGCACUAGAUGGUGAUCAAGAGUAAACCUGCAGUGAGACUGUAAAGCUGGGUACACACUGAGCCAUGUCGUCUGAUUUGGCAGAUUGGACCGACGUGUGUAUGUCCGAUGUGUGUUCCCGCGGUCGCUGGUAACGUUAUCAGGUGUGAUGUUCUGUGCAUCAAACCUGGCGAUAUCGCUAAUUAUACCAUGUAUGCUAAUGAAGGGUGGAACAGUGAUCAUUCCAUCCUUCAUUAACUCUGCACAAUGUGUACCCGUUGGGCCAACAUAUCGGCUGGGUACACAGUGUGAACUCUGCUUUAGUCACAUGUCUGAUGUGAGAUAGUGUGCGCAGACCUUCGUAAUGCUCCUGUUCCCCAUCCAUGGAGCAUUCUGUACAGGCAGUUUUCUUGAUUGGGGAAAGGCCACUUCUAUAUUCUGUUUUGUAUGUUUGCUGUUUAGAACGGAUUAUUUUAUUUUUUUUGCAUGCAGAAAAUCCCAUUCUCCAUUCAACUACUUACCUUUUGGUUAGAUAGUUACAAAACACUUUCACCUAUUUGUGAAAUGAAGGUUAGCGGCAUGGCUUGAACAGAUAUGAUGAAUAACUGUAAAGGUAUUGUAACAAAAUGUGAUCUACAUCAAAACUGGUGUCCGUUUGGUGCAUUUUUAGAAAAAAAAUAAGAAUAAAACUUUACAAAAACCUGA